AUGGCUUCUCGCCCGCAUUGCGGGAUGCUGGCCAAGUUCUGGUGGUGGGUGGAGGAGCGGUGGCACGUCCUCCAGCGCCGCAAAGCGGGCAACCCGGCACCGUGGUCCGAAGACCGCAUCAUGCAGACAUCCCAUCUAUGUAACGUGUUCAAGGAGGACGACGCCACGACGAAGGUAAGCCAGGACGUGUUGGCGAAUUGCGAUUCGUUGGCAGAUGCGAUCGUGACUGCAAUCAGCCAGAGGUUGACUAACAAGUCGGAGACGAUAGCAGCCGUCGGCCCCCUGAGCUGCCAGUUUCCUGAUGACCUCGGUCAACGCGCCCGGCUCCUGAACGCGAUCAAGGAGCACGGUUUCGGUGGCGCCUAA